AUUAUUGAUGGUCGAUGGCACACAUUUUGCGGGCAUUUCGUGGGCAUUUCUACCCAUCGCCAAGACUGCCAGAAGUCCAACUGCGUUUUCAGCAGACGACAUUUGCAUCGGACAGGAUGCACGUCUCGAUCUUGCAUUCGACUCAUGGAUGUCCCAGUGCGUAAUCCUAUCAGGAUCAGUCCCAACCCAUGCCCCGCCUGUACG